AUGGGUCAAACCACGCUCAGCUACUACAAGAAGCACGCCAUCCGCCGAUACGGCUUCCAUGGCACCAGCCACAAGUACCUUGCUGAGACCGCGGCGGCAAUGCUGGGGCGCCCAGUGGGACAGCUCAACGCCAUCACAUGCCACCUGGGCAACGGCAGCAGCGUGACGGCGGUGGAGGGCGGGCGAAGCGUGGACACCAGCAUGGGCCUCACGCCGCUGGAGGGGCUGGUCAUGGGCACGCGCGCCGGCGACAUCGACCCCGCCAUCCCGCUGCACCUGAUGCGCACCCUGGGGGCGACCGCGGCAGACAUGGACGCCAUCCUCAACAAGAAGAGCGGCCUCCUGGGGCUCUGCGGGGACAACGACCUGCGCGCGGUCAUCGAGCGCCGCGCCAAGGGGGACCCCGAGGCGUGCCUGGCGAUGGACGUUUUUGUGUACCGCGUGCGCAAGUAUAUUGGCGCCUACACCCUCUCACUGGGCGGCCACGUCGACGCGAUGGUCUUCUCAGCAGGCAUUGGCGAGAACUCGGCGCUAAUCCGCAGCCUGAUAUGCGCGGGGCUUGAGCGCGUGGGUGUCAGGAUUGACCAGGACGCCAAUGCGGAGAUGUGCGGCGGCCGUCAGGGUGUCAUCAGCACGCCGGACAGCAGGGUCAAGGUGCUCGUGAUCCCGACAGACGAGGAGCUGUCCAUAGCGCAGCAGACUCUGGAGGUCGUCUCCACAGAGGCCAGCGCCGCCGCCUGA